AUGACUUCUCGUUUGCAAGUCUGUUUCGCAAAAUCGCUUCGCUGCUACGUAUUUUGCAAAGCACUUUGUAGUCAUCAUCCGCACGAUGCGGCUGCACUACUGCUGGACAGUUUUGGCUGUCGUUCUGUACACUUCAAAAAUAUUGGAAGGCUGCUUGAGAGGAACCUUCAAUGUCAUAACCGAAAUAAGGCAGUGUUUCAGGUGGUGUUUGCAAUACCAGUGAACGUUACAGUGGUCACGGCUUCUGCUAUAGUUAUGUAUUAUGAAAAACUUCAAAAUUAUUCCGAGUGUCGCUCUACUUGUAAAAGCAUUGGUGCAGUUCCGCUGGUCCCGUUUGAUGAACCUUCGCUUAGUGCGUUUGGCACUUUUGGUUACGAAGAGGAAAUUUUCUGGGUAGGUGUUUCCGCAGAGCGUUGUCACUGGCAGUGGGACAAUGGGCCGUUUCUCUGUAACUAUGAUGGAAAUUUCAGCAAGCACAUAAAUCAAUGUGCAAGUUUUAGGGAGAAUAAAAUAACGGAAACACCAUGUAACAGUACUUUGCGCUUCGUCUGCAAAAAGUCACGUAUUUAUGCAACAUUAAGUCUGUUGGAUUUUUCACUGGAUUUGUUGAAAUUUAUUAAAGCUAUUGAAAGUGCCGUACUACUAACUUCUGUCUUCCGAAAUAAAGCUGGUAAUAUUACAGGGCUUUUGGACUUAGUAUGUCCGGAAGGAUGGAAAUAUUUCAACGGCGACUGCUACAUUUUUUAUCCAGAUAAAACCAACUAUUACAAUGCAAGGAUGAAGUGCGAUAACGGGAAGGGUUAUUUAACUACUGCUGUUACAAAAAUGGAACGCGAAUACUUAGAAAAUAUUUCUGAAGGGAACGAAAUUUGGUUGGGAAUGCACGAAUCAAAAAAGGUACUUUGGAAAGGAGAAGACGGUAAUCUACUAGUCUAUCAUCUGGAUGGUGCACGUUUCAAAGAUGCUCAACAGUGUCUCAUUGUGCAACAAAAACAGUAUUUUAAUUACAAUUGCUCGGAGGAGGCAAAAUGCAUUUGUAGUAGAUUAGGUUAG